CUUUCAGGACUGACAUCCUUACCUCCUGUAGGUAUUGGGAUUUUCCUAGGAGGACUCAUAAUGAAAAAGUACAAAAUGGGCAUCGUUGGAGCAACCAAGUUUGCAUUUACCAUGUCAUUUGUGGCCUACUCCAUCACUUUCUUGCACUUUUUUGUUGGUUGUGAGAACCAUGUGGUAGCAGCAAUGACAGUGUCCUAUGAAGGCAAACCAAUUCCCUACCAUGAAAAUGCCCUAUUUUCUGGGUGCAACUCUGACUGCAAAUGUGUCUCCAAUGUGUGGGAUCCUGUGUGUGGAAACAAUGGACUGACGUAUGUUUCAGCAUGUCUGGCUGGGUGCACAACUUCGGUGGGACAUGGAAAGAACACAGUCUUCCAUAACUGCAGCUGUCUUGAAGCCAGCAGUUCAUGGACAGGAAAUAGCUCUGCCACCUUGGGGCAAUGUCCAAAAAGUGAAGAUUGUUCAAAGAAGUUUAUUUAUUAUAUAGUAAUACAAGUCAUAACUGGCUUUUUUUCUGCACUGGGAGGCACCCCAGCAUACAUGAUUGUGUUUAGAUGUGUUCAGCCAGAGUUGAAAUCUCUUGCAGUUGGUCUAUACACACUCAUUGUAAGGAUGCUGGCUGGGAUUCCAGCACCAGUUUAUUUCGGUGCACUAAUUGACAGGACAUGCUUGAAAUGGGGAAGCACAAGGUGUGGGCAGCGAGGGGCUUGCAGGUUAUAUGACUCUGAUGCAUACAGGUAUGUCUACCUUGGUUUACCAGCGGUGUUAAGAGCUCCUUCCUACUUGAUUGCAAUCUUUUUUUAUAUAUUGGUAAAGAAGCACUUUCAAAAUAAGAACUCCAAGCCUAUUGAGAAUGGAGGAAGAGAAGAUGUUCCUAUGAAUAAAGAAGAUAACUGCAAGAUCAAAGAACGUUUGCCAGGUUUUUCUGAUGCAGAGAAUGAAUCGC